UCGCAGAACCUCCCCUCGCCUCUGUCAGCAGUGUCAUGUUGCCGAGUCCUUGAGAGCUACUCAAUGUGAAUGUUAGCUAUCUUAGAGGACUGAUCAAGCCUUGGACUUUGCCAGCUUAGGACUCUUUGAAGUGUCAGGUGGGAACUCCUGCAACCAAACCACCGCUGAAGACACCGCGACCCCCUUGGCUAAUACCUCUACCUGCUCAUCUUGCCACCAUGUCGUCGGUACAAGUCAUUUAUCACCAGAAGAUCCACAAUUAUCUUUUGAAUUCCGUGUUCCCCAAAGAUGAUCUUCCAGCUGUGAAGGAACCGUUUGAGAACUGCUACCGAGUGGGACCGGUUAUCGGAACGGGCGGUUUUGGCACCGUCUACUCCGGAGUGAGGAUUGCUGAUAACUUACCUGUGGCAAUUAAACAUGUGGCCAGAGAUCGGAUUGGCGAGUUAAAGCACAUGAAUGGAACUCUGGUUCCUCUGGAAAUCUACCUCUUGAAGAAGGUGUCCACUGGCUGCCGAGGGGUCAUCCAACUACUGGAUUGGUACGAGAGACCCGACGGCUUCAUCAUCAUUAUGGAGCGACCAGAACCUGUACAGGACCUCUUUGACUUCAUCACCGAGAGAGGGGCUCUGGGCGAGGAACUGGCCUCUAAGUUUUUUCGGCAGGUGGUAGAGGCAGUCCAGCAUUGUCACUCCUGCGACGUCGUCCAUCGAGACAUCAAAGACGAGAACAUUCUGGUUGAUCUCAGGACUGCCGAGCUGAAGCUGAUAGACUUUGGGUCGGGCGCCUUACUGCGCGAAGCGGUUUACACGGACUUUGAUGGUACUAGAGUGUACAGUCCACCAGAAUGGAUUCGCUUUCACCGCUAUCACGGCUGCUCUGCUACUGUGUGGUCCCUGGGCAUCCUGCUUUACGACAUGGUCUGCGGGGACAUUCCCUUCGAACACGAUGACGAGAUCUUGAGGGGCAAGAUCCAGUAUCGCUGCAGGGUUUCCAGAGAAUGUCAACACCUGAUUGAGUGGUGUCUGUCCAAGAGGCCUUCAGACAGGCCAUCCCUGGAGCAGAUUCUGUCGCAUCCAUGGAUGUCCCAAGAAAAGUUACUUGAUCAAAAAGACAAAAACAAAGUAUCAAGAAAGCUAGACAAAGAGCCAAGCAGCACGAGCCAGGAGAGUCUGUGAUCCUACAAAAAAAUGACACUCUUUGAGUGACGUAAGGGAAAAAAAUGUUGCUCAGCCCUCGUAUGGAUGGGUUGGCGUGGAACUGUGCGUCUGGAGGCUUGGAUUCCCCAGGGGGCAGACGGAGCUGUCCCAUUACAGCAUACCUCAAAGGGAUCUAAGAAAGGAGACCUCAGACCGUGGACUUCUUGAACGAGGCCCCUGAAAUAGACUCACGUGGAAAGUGUUGGAGAGCGAAAGGGGCUUGCCCGUCCGCGAUGUUCUGCUGGGUUCUACUAGCAAUCACGAAACACACAUUGUACCCGCAUCUCUGUAUUCCGCAGAGUUCUUGUUUAGUUCUAAACAUCUUCAGAUACUUGACCGUCUUGAAUGUGCAUUCACGUACUGCCAGUAUGGGAGGGAUGAUCCCUUUCUCAACAUGCAUCCUAUCUGUUAAUAUAAAAGAAAACUAAAGCCAUAAGACAACUUCCCUAACCCACCCCACCCCAUCUCCAGCAGCGCAAUUGUCUGACUUUUAUCUUCA